CAAAAUGAAAGGACUGGUGAGAUUUAAAACUCGAGUGUCAUAAGAAAUGUCUUUAUUUAAGAUAUAUUGCAGCACGUUGUAUGAUAUACAAGUAAACUUAAUGAGACAAAUUAAAGAAUGAAAUUUAGUUUGUGAAACGGACUGUAGCAAUUACAACACAGGGAUGAUGUUCCAGCGUGUGUCUCUGCUGUUUGUCGUCAUCUUUAUGGCCACUCAAGCAGAGCGAUUAAAGGUGGCUGGUCCAAAGGAUCCUGUUGUUGCUGUAGCUGGUGAAGACCUGGUUCUUCCCUGUUUUAUCAAACCCAGUGCCAGUGCAGUGGACAUGAGAGUAGAGUGGUUCAGACUUGAUGCAGAGCACUCAUUAGUGCAUCUCUAUAAAGAUCAGAAAGACAGCAACGAGAAGCAGGCUCAGUCCUACAAAGGAAGAGCAUCACUAUUUAAAGAGGAGCUACAGAAAGGCAACACUUCACUCAAACUUUCAGCUGUCCGACUCUCUGAUGAAGGCGAAUAUAAGUGUUUUGUUGAGGACAAAUCCUGGUAUGAUGACAUCAUUGUAUACGUCAUUGUUAAAAUUUUAGGAAGCCACCCAGUAAUAAUGAUGGAGAGUUUUGAUAACUCAGGAGGGAUUAAUCUAGUGUGUGAGUCCAGAGGCUGGAACCCUGAACCUGAUGUUCUGUGGCUGGACAGAGAAGGAGUCACUCUGACUGCUGAAGAUACACAGAUACACAGAGACACUGAGCUCUUCAGUGUGAAAAGCCGCAUCACUGUUUAUGAUUAUAGCGACUCUAACAGGUUUUACUGCAGACUUCAGCAACAACAUCACAUGCUGGAGACAGAGAUUAUCAUCAAUAGUGACAUGUUUGGGGCUUGGAAAAUAGCUGUGAUAAGUAUUUUCCUUUUAGUGUUGUUAACUACAGCUGGAUUUGUUUUAACAGUUGCAUGUGCCUAUCAAAAGACAGCAAUUCAGAGAACCCUGGAAAAGCAAGAAAUACAAAGGAAAAGACUAGAGACUGAUUUGGAAAUACAAAAACAAUGUUCAGAGAUUCAGAUGAAACUACUAGCAGAUGAGUUUGAAAAGAAAAUGAAGUAUACAGUGGAUGUGACUCUGGAUCCUGACACAGCUCAUCCCAAACUUAUCCUGUCUGAAGAUGGAAAACAAGUGACACAUGAAGACAAGUGUCAGGAUCUUAAUGAUACACCAGAGAGAUUUGAUUACAGCCCCUGUGUUCUGGGCCAUCAGAAUUUCUCCUCAGGGAGAUUUUAUUAUAAGGUGCAGGUCAGCGGAAAAACUAGGUGGGAUCUUGGAGUAGCCACACAGUCCAUUAACAGGAAAGGGAAGAUUACAUUGAAUCCUCAGAAUGGAUUCUGGGCUGUAGUACUGAGGAAUGAGAAUCAGUAUCAGGCUUGUGCUGGUCCUGCUGUUCCCCUCACACUGAGAGAGAAGGUGGAGGUUGUGGGGGUGUUUGUGGAUUAUGAGGGGGGUCUGGUCUCCUUUUAUGAUGUGAAGUCCAGGUCUCAUAUCUACUCUUUUACUGGUCAGACUUUUACUGAGAAACUUUAUCCAUUUUUUAGCCCAUGUAAUAACAAAAAAGGACUAAAUUCAUCUCCACUGAUUAUCAUGUGACCUGCACUUAAACUGAGCAAUUUAGGCUUAAAGGGAGUUGCACAUGAGGCAAAUUGUGCCAGCUUGGUGCUGCAGAGUUUUUAAAGUACAGUAGCCUAUAACCUUAUCCAGUGAGUUGUUUUUUUUUUUUUUGCCCUGAUCGCUCUCUUUGACACAGGAAAAAGUACAAAAGUUUAGAUGUUGUUGUCUUUGUUUUAAUCUUUAUUAAAUUCAUCUUUUUUUAUUAAUCUGUGAAUACUUCUCUGUGUGUGACCUAUAUUCCUUGGGAUUUUUACUACCACUUGAUUCUGUAUUUCCAGUCUUUUUAAUAUUUUUCUUCAACUUAAUGAACAAAACCUAUGACCAAUGGGAAUUCACUGUUCAGAACACUAGCAACAUCUGUUGACCAACAGCGAACAUUUCUGAAAAAUCAAAAUAAGAAAACAUACAACUGGAUUCACAUUAAUGUUUUCAACACUGUGUAAUAUGUAAUAGCAUUAAGGAAUUGGUAUAGAAUAUGUAGCUUGAUGCUUUACAUUUUAAUUAUUUUAUUAUAUCAGCUGUAUGUAACAGUUAUA